AUGGCGCAAAAUUCUCUCGUACUCCCUCGCCCAGGGACAAAAGGUCCCAGUCACACCCAAAAGCCAAUUAGAGCGCCAUCCGAGGCUCUUUUCACCUCAACCUUCGGCAAUCUCCUACCAAAGGCAUCAUACCUAGAGACUCCAAACGGGCGAGCAGCAUAUUACUCUCUACCUCCCGUGUCAAUCUCAAGUUCAGCACCAGCACCAGGCAAUCCCAUACAACGCGUACUAUUCGUACACGGUGUUCAGACAUCCGCAAUCGGCCUCCAGCCAUUAGCCACGACUCUAUCAGCGCGUUUCCCAUCCGCGCACUGCGUACUACUUGAUCUAUGGGGCCACGGAUUGAGCGACACGCCUAUUUUGGCGCACACGUCUGAGUUAUUCCAUGAUUUGCUUUUAGCACUUAUGGACCGACUGGAGUGGCCUGAUGCGCAUUUUGUGGGGUACUCGUUUGGAGGGUCGACGACAGCCUCGUUUACGGCUCGGCACAGCGAGCGUGUUUUGUCGAUAGUGCUAGUUGCGCCGGCGGGGUUAGUUCGUGCGGCGCAGUUGGGAGAAUUGGAGAGGAGGUAUAUGCACGGUGGGGAGGGGUUGGAGGAUCAGGCGCGGGAGUGGGUUUUUGAGUGGUUGGAGGGAGGGAAAUUGAUUGUUCCUGUGGAUUGGAAAGAGAGGGUUGAGAGGGGGGAGGUUGUUGCGGAGGCAGUGCGGGAUUGGGAGGUUAGAGAGCAUGGUGGCCAUGUAGCUAGUGUGGUGGGGAUUGUUCGGGAUGGUGGAGUGUUUGAUCGAGAUGCAGAAUUUGCUGAGGCGGCGAAGAAGGGAAUCCCGAAUCUGUGUAUUCUGGGAGAGUUGGAUGAUUUGUGUAGUGUGCGGGAUUUAGCUGCAGUUGGGAUGCAGAAUGUGUCUGUCAUUCCGCAGGUCGGACAUGGUGUUGUUAGAGAGAAGGUGUCGGAUGUUACUUGCCUUAUCGAGGAUUUCUGGAAUGCGGGUUAA